GAGAUGGACUUCUUGACAAGUUGCUUGUUUUGUCUUCUGUUGACCUGGUUCCUGGUUCAAGCUUUCCAUGCAAUUAGAAGGGGCAGGAAAGCAUGUCCGGACAAGCUCCCACCUGGACCGCGGCGGUUUCCAAUCUUCGGAAAUCUGUUCGAUCUUGGGGACAAACCCCACAAGUCUCUGGCUAAGCUCGCAAAUACUCAUGGUCCUGUUAUGAGUCUGAAACUAGGCAGCUUAAUCACGGUAGUUGUUUCCUCAGAAAAAAUGGCAAAAGAAGUCCUGCAAAAGCAUGACCUCACAUUCUCUAACCGAACUGUUAUCGAUGCUGCCCGAGCCUGCCAACACUAUGAAGUUGGGUUGCCUUGGAUACCCGUCUCACCACUAUGGAGAACUCUUCGCAAAGUAUGUAAUACGCAUCUUUUCACCAGUCAGAAACUCGAUUCCAAUCAGUUCCUGCGUCGCAAGAAAAUUCAAGAACUCAUCGCCAAUGUUCAGAAAAGUUGCCAGACAGGUGAAGCAAUUAACAUAGGCCAAGCAGCUUUCAAUACUACAAUUAAUUUGCUGUCAAACACUAUAUUUUCUAUGGAUUUGGUUGAUCCAAAUUCACCUAUUGCUCAAGAAUUCAGGAAAACGGUGUGGGAUAUCAUGGAAGUCGCAGGGAAGCCUAAUUUGGCGGAUUAUUUCCCUGUGCUUAGAAAGAUUGACCCGCAAGGUGUAAGGCGCAGGAUGACUAUCCUUUUUGACAAGUUGCUUGAUCUUUUUGGCAAAAUCUUUGAUGAGCGAUUGCAAUCAAGAAAAGCACAGGGUUCAACUGCAUCAAAAGAUGUUUUGGAUACUCUAGUUGACAUUAUUGAAGGCAAUAUCGAGAAGCUUAAUAAAACUCAUGUUACACAUUUGCUUUUGGUUUUAUUUGUUGCUGGAACCGAUACAACAUCAAACACAUUAGAGUGGGCAAUGGCAGAAUUACUUCAUAAUCCACAGGUUUUACUUAAAGCUAAGAAAGAAAUAGAGGAAGUUAUUGGCAAAGGAAAUCCAGUUGAGGAAUCGAACAUAAAUCGUUUACCAUACUUGCAAGCAAUUAUGAAAGAAACCUUCCGAAUGCACCCGACUGUACCUCUGUUACUCCCUCGCAGAGCUGGAGCAGACGCAGAAAUUUGUGGUUUCACAGUCCCGGAGGGUGCACAGGUGUUGGUUAAUGCAUGGGCUAUGGGUAGAGAUCCAAGCUUUUGGGAGAACCCAAAUGCUUUUAUGCCAGAGAGGUUCUUAGGAUCAGAAAUUGAUGUCAAAGGCAGGGAUUUUGGGUUCAUUCCAUUCGGUGCAGGACGACGAAUAUGCCCAGGACUGCCUUUGGCAAAUAGAAUGUUGCAUUUGAUGUUAGGUUCCCUUAUUCACUCCUUUGAUUGGAAACUUGAAGGUGGAAUCUCGCCAAAGGAUAUGAACAUGGAAGAGAAGUUUGGCCUCACACUUCACAUGGCUGAACCCUUGCGUGCUAUCCCUGUUCUAGUGUGACAACACUGUUUAAAUCGAAAUAAAACGUUCGUAGUUUGUAAUGCAUUUGCCGAGGACCAUUGGUGACUUGGUUCUCCUUAUGUGGACAUUUGCAGUCAAAUGGUCAAAACUCUACUUCUAUAUUGCUAUGAUCUUAAUUUGAGUGUUGCUGAUAUCCUUGUACUUCUCUUUGAUAUCAUAAUAUGGGAUUUAAUGAAAGAAAAUAACCUGAGAGAGAUUUGAUUGUUCUGUUCGUCUGUUUGUCUUCUCCCUUUACCAUUCCCACCAUAUUCAUUUUUAUUUUUGGCUGCCUAUAUAAGAUGAACAUUGGCAUAUGAGGUGAAUAUGUACAGAAUUCAUCUGUCAAUGAGUUCCUUAGUAA